CGCACCCCGCGGCCGGAGAAGGGAGCUGGAGUGGAAACAGGUUGUUGGGAUCUGUCCGUGGGAGGAAGGGGCGGCUCUGCUCAGCCGCCAGCCGAGCCUGGGCUCUGGGAAAUGGAGCCGGAGCUGCUGCCUCGCCAGCCGGCCGGGUGCUGAAGGGGAUGGACAGCGAAUUGCUGCGGGGGAGCCUGGCCCCGGCGAGCUGAGCCCUUCCCGGGGAGCUGAGCCCUUCCCGGGGAGCUGAGCCCUUCCCGGGGAGCUGAGCCCUUCCCGGGGAGCUGAGCCCUUCCCCAGCUCCCCAAGUUCCAGCAGCGCUCAGCCCGGGCUUACCCACGGCGAGUUGCACCUGCCCGCUCCGGGCUGGCAGGGGUCAGGCAGGUGAUCGCCUUGCUUUUUGCUCCGCUGCUGAAUACCGAGAAGGGUGCCUGGAAGCCUGGGAGAGCUUGGGAAAAGCCACGGUGGAGAGUUGUGGUGUUGUGGAUUUAUUUGGCACAAAGUGCUCGCGCCUCUGCUCGAGGGAUUCGUAUGGCGUGAAGGGCGGAGCUGGCAGCUGGCACCUGGGCCCCCAUGGAUCCCCUCAACCUCUCGUGGUACGACGGGGACAGGAACUGGAGCAGGGCCCUGAACGCCUCGGAGGCGGCGCAGAAGCCGCACUACAACUACUACGCCGUGCUGCUGGCCCUCCUCAUCUUCAUCAUCGUCUUUGGCAACGUCCUGGUGUGCAUGGCAGUGUCCAGGGAGAGGGCCCUGCAGACCACCACCAACUACCUGAUCGUCAGCCUGGCCGUGGCUGACCUGCUGGUGGCCACGCUCUGCAUGCCCUGGGUGGUCUACAUGGAGGUGGUGGGGGAGUGGCGGUUCAGCCGCAUCCACUGCGACAUCUUUGUCACCCUGGAUGUCAUGAUGUGCACUGCCAGCAUCCUCAACCUCUGUGCCAUCAGCAUUGACAGGUACACGGCCGUGGCCAUGCCCAUGCUCUACAACACCCGCUACAGCUCCAAGCGCAGGGUCACCGUCAUGAUCGCCGUGGUCUGGGUGCUCUCCUUUGCCAUCUCCUGCCCGCUCCUCUUCGGCCUCAACAACACAGACGAGAAGGAGUGCAUCAUUGGCAACCCUGCCUUCGUGGUGUACUCCUCCAUCGUGUCCUUCUACGUGCCCUUCAUCGUCACGCUGCUGGUGUACGUGCAGAUCUACAUCGUGCUGCGGCGGCGCAGGAAGCGCGUCAGCACCAAGCGCAGCAGCCACGUGCUGGACUCGGACACGCAGGCCCCCCUGAAGGACAAAUGCACUCAUCCAGAAGACGUCAAGCUCUGCACAGUUAUUGUGAAGUCCAAUGGGAGCUUCCAAGUUAAUAAGCGCAAAGUGGAGGCAGAGAGUCACAUAGAAGAGAUGGAAAUGGAGAUGGUGUCCAGUACCAGUCCCCCUGAGAAAACGGCCCUCAAACCCACAGCACCAAGUAACCACCAGUUGAUUGUGCCAGUUGCUUCUAAUCGGGGCAACAACUCUACCCUGCAGGCACCCCUGAGCAGCCCUGGGAAGGUGGAGAAGAAUGGCCACGCCAAAGAAUCCCACCACACAGCCAAGGUCUUCGAGAUCCACUCCCUGCCCAACGGCAAGACGAGGAACUUGCUCAAGGCCGUGAUCAGGAGGAAACUGUCCCAGCAGAAGGAGAAGAAAGCCACGCAGAUGCUGGCCAUCGUGCUCGGUGUUUUCAUCAUCUGCUGGCUCCCCUUCUUCAUCACUCACAUCCUGAACAUGCACUGCGACUGCAACAUCCCGCCGGCCAUGUACAGCGCCUUCACGUGGCUCGGCUAUGUCAACAGCGCUGUCAACCCGAUUAUCUACACCACCUUCAACAUCGAGUUUCGCAAGGCUUUCAUGAAGAUCCUCCACUGCUAAAAGUCACAAACAGCACCCGCAUUUAUUUUUUAGGAGCGCAGGGGGGAGAGGACGCGAUGCCAUCCACGCGCGGCGGGGCAGCCGGGGAGGGGGCUGGAGCUCUUGAGCUGGGCACGGCGCGGUGCCCGAGCGCCUGCUGGGGAUGCAGCGAGGCGGGAGGGUCUCUCACCCCGCUGGGUGACCUCUGGACCGCUCCCAAGGGCGCUUUUCAGAGCCACCCCCGCGCUGUGUUGGAAGUGGAAGCGCAAGAAUCGAGGCGCUCUCGCUCGGUUCUCGCCCGUGGCCACCCAGCCUGGAGUGGCCUGGACACAGGGUGGACACGGGGUGGCCACGGGGCCAGCAGGACGUGGCGCUGGGUCAGCGGCACAACUCUCACCAAAGACAAGGCCAUCCCUGCCGCUUGGAGCAGGAGCCAGCCAGGGCCUCUGCAAGCUCCGUGCAAUAGCUUUGCCUUCACCUCGAGCUGACUCACCCGGUGUUUAACUGCUGAAGCCUUCGGAAAUUACAUAAAAAACAACCCAAAAGACUUUCAGAGGUCCCCAGGCGGGUCGAGAAGGUUCUGCCACCCACAGACCCUGCAGCAGUGUGAGCCUACAAGCCAUGGGUGGAAGGGAGGAGGGGGCAUCAGUCUCACGUCAAACCAUGUGUAAAUAGCAAUGAAUAGGAGGGAUUUUGGAGCCCCAAGCCAAAAAAAAAAAAAAAA